AUGCCGAAGACGCGCCCUCUUCUUCGCGGGGAAAUCACAUACUCAACUGCUCAAAGAGAAGAGGUGAACAUUCUCCAUCGAUUAAGAUACCAUGAUGAAAGACGUAAAUUCUUUGCACAUGUUUAUGAGAAAAGGAACUGGAUCGAAGCCAUAGUUGCUCAUCACCUUAACCUAGGGUCUCCCAACUCCUGCUGUAUGGAUGAUGUUGAGAACUGGCACCAUGGAAGCUUCAAUCUAUGUGUCCCAGUCGUUGUUGGCGGGUGGAAACGGAAACAGCAGCCUGGCGGACGCGUUUUGCUUCGGUUCCCUCUUCCGUAUCGGGUCGGUGAUGCCUUUCGACCUGGAAAUGGGGACGAAAAGAUCCGAUGUGAGGCGGGAGCCUAUGCGUGGCUUCAAGAGAACUGCCCAGAUGUCCCUAUACCGAAGCUAUACGGCUUUUCUACAUCUACUGGUGAAACUUACAUCGAAGAAGAACAAGGAGAAAUGCUCUCGAAUACUUGGCCCGAGAAGCAGCAUGAUAUUAGGCUGAGAACCAAUUUCUUUCGUGAUCUGUCUCGGAUUAUACUGAGUGUCACAAGGAUUCCCUUACCAAAGAUUGGCUCUUUUGUGAUUGACCAUAAUGGAUUCUUAUGCUUGACAAAUCGCCCACUUUCACUCGAAAUUCAGGAGUUGGAAAACGAGGAGAUUCCGACAAAUAUACCGAGAGACUACACUUAUUCCACGGUUGAUUCGUAUGUGACCGAUAUCCUUCGCAUCCAUGACAGUCGACUUCGACAUCAGCCAAAUGCAAUUAACGAUACAGGGGACUAUAUCUACCAGACAUCAGCGUUGGCGGCAAUGCGAACAGUCUUUCUAUCUUUUUUCAACCCGGAACUCCGGCGUGGCCCUUUUGCUUUUACAUUUACGGAUUUUCACCAAAGCAAUAUCUUUGUUGAUGAAGACUGGCACAUCACCUCUUUGGUGGAUCUUGAAUGGGCAUGUACUCGACCAAUUGAGAUGCUUCGAACUCCGACCUGGCUCACGAACAAAGCCGUGGAUGAGAUCGCUGAAGAGCCGGCGGAGUAUGACAUGAUGCGCAGGGAGUUCAUGGAUAUCUUGGUCGCUGAAGAACAAAGGCUCAGCAGGACUUUGGCCAGCAAUCAUGGAAGCCCGCAACUGUCAGCUAUUAUGGAAGAGAACUGGAGGGUGGGAACAUUCUGGUAUACACUUGCACUCGCCAGCCCUACCGGUCUCUUUGCGGUCUUUUACAAGCAAAUUCAGCCCAGAUUCAUCGAGAAUUGUCCUGAGCAUGAUACUUUCCAACAGGUUAUGCCAUGGUAUUGGGCGCAGGACUGGGUCAAGGUUGCAGCUAGUAAACUAUCAGACAGGAAAGAGUAUGACAUCCGACUACAGCAAGCCUUUGAAGGCGAUACUACCACCGAAUGA